CAGUUUUGUUAACAGAGACGCGAGGGACAUUUGAGUGUAAAUGCCAGACUAAGGUAGAGUUUUGGUAGAUAGACAAUUGCUCAAUGCGCAAGCAAAGGCUAAAUGUCUAACAAUGGUUUUUCAACAACAGUGAGUAUUUGUAGCCUAAGAUCACAAGACCAGUUCAAUCAAGUAUAGGCUGCUAGACAUGGAUAUUGUCAAGGUAAGAGUUGGAGAUUGUGUCUUUGAAACAAACAAGUCUCUACUGUUAAGAGAAUGCGAAUACUUCAGGGCACUUUACAGAUCGGGGAUGGUUGAGUGCCAUCAAGAAGAGAUUCACGUGAGGAAUCUCAAAGCUCAAGGGUUCGUAAUCAUGUUGGCUGUGGCCAGUGGUGACAGACCCAUUCUGAAUGAUGAUGAGAUUUUGGAAGCCAUUGAAUGUGCUGCUUUCUUCCAGGCCGAACCUCUUGCCAGGCAUCUUCAAGAUCUGCUCAACUCUGACAACUGCCUGCUCAUGUACCAAGCUUCGGACACCUACGGUUUAUGGGGACUCCAUGAGAUGGCGGCACAGUUCAUCCGCAAUAUGUACUGUGACCUGCAAGAGAAUUUGAAGAACCUUCCUCAGGAGCUGACUGAAUAUGUAGAGUCUCUGGCUCCUAGUGUAUUCGUGGCUGUAGGUUCUCACUCCACUUGCACUGCGGAUGAGCUUCCUCUUGCUGCCACAAGGACAGUAUGUUACCUCAAUGAGGAUGAUGAAGACUGGAAGGUCCUCACUGCCUUGCCCAUGGAGGCCAGCACCUCCCUGGCUGGUUUGACUGUUUUGGACAAUCGACUCUACAUUGUUGGAGGUGUGCAUGGCGUUGACAAGAGGGCCGUUGAUGCUAGCUUUUGCUAUGAUGUUGUCACCAACACCUGGAGUUUGUUGCCAGGUCCCAGACAGCCACGAUACAACUUCACCCUGAUUGGGAUAGAAGGUCUCCUCUACGCCAUCGGAGGAGAGUCUGAGAGAACCAUCAUGUCCUCUGUUGAGAUAUAUAAUGUUACCACAAAGGACUGGACCUUCGCAGCAUCUUUACCUCGACCGGUUGCGGGGGUUGCAUGCACCAAAGCCAUGAGCCGAAUUUUUGUGUGUCUGUGGAAGCCAAUGGAGACUAAUGAAAUCUACGAAUACAUCCCAAAAAAGGAUGUGUGGGUUCUGGUGAGUACACUUCUGAAGCACCAGAGCUAUGGACACUGCAUGGUGGCCCACAGGGACAACCUCUACCUCAUACGCAAUGGCCCCCAAGAUGACUUCCUGCGCUGUUUGAUGGACUGCUACAACAUCACCACAGGCCAGUGGACAUCAAUGCCUGGGCACUAUGGCAACAGCAAAGGGGCCUUGUUUACAGCUGUAGUGAGAGGAGACUCGGUGUUCACGCUGAACCGCACCAUGACUCUGGAGUACACCAUUGCAGGGAACAUGUGGAAACCUUGUAAACAGAUGAAGGGUUUUCCUAGGAAUGGAUCUGUGUGGACAUUUCUGCUCAGGAUUCCAAAGGAGAGGAAAGAAGUGACAGUGUAUUAAAUGGACUGAACCUCAGAAGUUGGUGGCUAAUAAAAAAAAAUAUAUUUGUAACAAGGUUUAAGUUCAGGGAAGGUGGAGGCAGGAACCGGCGAAUGUUCCAAGGUAACUUUAUUCAUAAAAUAAACAAAAAACAAAACGAAAGUAAAGCAGCAGCCCCUCACAGACGACUGCCGUGCAAACAUAAAAAACACAACGUAAAGUCCAGGCCUGGUCCUCUCUCGUCCUUCACUGUCGUCACUCCUCCUUUUAUCCUCCUUUACUCCUCCUUUAUUAGCAAUCGCGCCACCAGCCUCGCUCCAUUCCCACAGCUCUUGGACCCGCCCUGCUUGCCACAAUAUUGUUUUGAGCCUAUUCACACCAAACAUGCAUUUUUGAAUUCAUAUUUGAAUUUCAAGAUUUAAAUACAAGGUUUAUUUAAAAACAAAAAAAUUCAUCCCUAUGUCCUUCACAGCGAAUGCAAAAAGUCACAUUGCUUUGGAACUAUGUUUUUUUUUUUUUUUAUGUUCACACAACAAAAAUGUGACAAUAAGCUUUUGGCUAUUAACUAUAUGCUUUUGGUUUAUUUAUCCAGAACUGCAAUUAUAAAUAGAUUUCAGUUUCAAUAUACUUUCCAUAUUCCAUUCCAGGAAAGUGUCAACUUGUUCAUUACAUUUAGAUAUGUUUUUUGCAUUGAGGCAGGUAAAUUUGUACUGUCAUUUAAGCAUGUUAAAAUGAUAGUUUGCACAAAAAAGUCAUCAUUUACUCACCUUCAUGUCAACUUGUCUGACUUUUCCUUUUCUGCAGAACACGGCAGAAGAUAACUGAAUAAAUAUCUGGUUAAAUUAAUUCAGUACAAUGGCUUGUGGUGAGGUUCUCUUGGAAAAUUGUGUCUCAUGGUAAAUUUCUCUUGAAAAUUAAGCUGCUAGAUGUGUGGAAACUUCUGCUAACACUCUUGGGAGCUUUGUAAAGUGUUAAAAUGAGUCACAGUGUACUUUCAUUCUAUUGAAUUUAUUG